AUGAAUAGAAACAACUUCUAUUCCAGCAAACGUUUCACUGCCGUUCUCAUGGGCUCUGAGCUUCAGGAUUGGGUCUAUUUGGAUACAUUGAAGUUGAGAAAAGAUGUUAUCUUCAAGCGUUCGACGCGUUUCGGUGCCAGAGAAUCAUCACUAUUUGCUAGUGCACCAUAUGGUGGUCCAAUAGCUGUGGCCAAUUCGUCAUCGAAUGCAUCCUCAUGGGAAAUCACAGUAGAAACAUGUUCAGGCAAACAACUCUCCUCAAUACGUGUACCAAACUUGCAUGCACUUUAUUGGAGCCGUUGUCAUCGAGUUAGUCGUGCUGACAGUUCAUCGGAGAUUUCUGUGGCCGAGUCACGUAUUUUCUAUGGAAGCGCUGGUAGUACAGGUCUUGCUGUUUUAACUGAUACGAAUCGAAUAUUUGCUGUGAACUCAAUUAUGGAAGCGGUCCCGUGGCGAAUUCCUGAUAUUUAUAGAUCAAGUCGACCGACAGCUUGGAACAUUCUCAUAUCGAAUACGCAGAUCACAGUGUUGUUCGUCAUGGGUGAUACUUUCUACGCAGGCAUGCAAGGUGUUGCACCGCAGUCAUUGAAUGUUCAAUGGAAAUUGACCAAUGGUGAAUAUCGAGAAAUUGUACCAAAUUGUGAUUGCACACGUAUUGCAUUCGCCCAUUCAUCUGGUGUCAUACAAGUCGUUGAUUUUGAUUUCUGCUUACUAUCGUCUAUAAAAAUACCUACUGUGAACCCCACCACUUCAGCAAUCAGUCCAAUUCACUGGUGUGGUAAUGAAGCAUUAGCAUUGAGGCGUUCGCGCAGUUCCCUGCAAAUGCUGUCGUUAACAUCGGAAUAUCAUACGUAUACUUUCAACAGUGACAUUCGACUUGAUGUCGAACUCGAUGGCAUUAAGGUUUUCACUUCGGAUCGACUUAUUUUCCUAUCUUUUGUUCCGGAAGAAGUCGAGAAUGUGUUAGGGAUUGCCUCUUCAGAACCUGGUGCAAUCCUAUAUGAAGCAUCCGAAAAACUUUCGAAAGGAAGUCAUGGUGUGUACAAUUAUUUCAAAAUGAUUGAGACGCAACUGGAUAAAGCUGUCCAUCAGUGCUUAUUUGCUGCAGCUCAUCAGUUCGAUCAUUCUAUGCAAAAACGAUUGCUUAGGGCAGCAUCAUUAGGGAAUGCACUAUUGCAAAGGCAUGACCCAUCACAAUUCGUCGAUUUAUGUCACGUAAUGCGAAUACUAAACUCGGUUCGACAACCAUACGUCGGUAUGUCACUCUCGUUUCUGCAAUCAAAUGAAUUGAAAGUGGAAACGUUGAUCGAUCGUUUAAUCGAUAUGGGUAUGUGGCCGAUAGCGAUGUCAAUUGCAGAAUAUAUGAAGCGUACAGCAAAAGAUGCAGUUCAUCGCGUCUUAGCACAUUGGGCAUUGAGUAAGAUUGAUGCUUUAAAAAGUGAAAAAGAAUCUGGAAAGAUACCCGACUAUGCAGGCGUAUCCGAAUCAAUCGUCAAGCGUUUCUCAAACUAUCCAGAAGUUAGCUUUGCAGAUGUGGCAAUGAAAGCCGUUGAUGCGGGUUUAUCACCGAUGGCCGAGUUGUUACUGGAGAAGGAGACUCGACUGAAUCGGCAAAUCGACAUGCUUCUCAAGCUGAACAAGGUCGAUAAAGCACUCGCAAAGGCAGCAUACAGCAACCAACCAGAUCUAUGCAAGUCUUAUCCGUUUACCAAUUCGUUUAGAAUGCAAAGUGAUCAUGUCAACAACUUAUUAUUGCCAGUGAACAAUCUUUCAGUGCAUGUUGUAAUAGCGCAUUUGAGAAGAACCAAAACAAAAGAAGUGAUUGAUCAAUUGAUGCUGAAAAUACCCCAAGCGAUGUGCCUUUAUCAAGACUAUUUACGGGAUGAGGCACCUGCCUAUGUGCUAGCCUUAUAUGAAGUGGACGAUGAUUUUGCUCGUCAGGCAAUCUAUCAUUUACGACAGUCCGAAACGAUGCCUUGGAAUCCAUUCGAUAUCAAGGAGAAAGUCGAUGAAAUAGCCAAAGCCGAGCAAUGCCUUCACAAUCUCAGGGAAUCUGCUAUGACGCAGCAACUCGACGAUUCGAUAAUGUUGCUGCGAUUGUGCGAAAACUUGGAUGGAAAAGCGGAUUUCACGGAUGUCAAUCGAACGAGUGUACGUUCCGUCUUUAUUUGGGCGGCUGGUCACGACGACGAAUCACUUAUGGAGCAGUAUUGCUUAUGGAAAAUUGAAGGCUUAGCAUCUCAAAAGAAGUGGCACCAUUUAGAGACUUACUCAAAAACGAAGAAACUUCCUGUUGGUCUGAUGCCAUUUAUCGAGGCCUGCACUCGUCAUGGAAAUACAUCCUUAGCUGCUAUUUUGGUUGAGAAGUUGACGUCGACACAAGAGACCAUUGAUGCGUAUCUUCUCAUCGAGUGUGUCAUUCAUGAAUUGAUUGGUAUUUUCAAAAACGUGCGCAUGUUAAUUUGUUGUGUUAUUUGUUUCAGUGAGCCGAUCAAAGCGGCCAAAUUAGCUGCUGACAAAAAGUUAGUAUCGUCAGUGGAGAGUAUUCAUGCACGAUAUCGAAUGAACACUGAUGUGGCGGCCGAGGUUGGUGCUAUUUUGAGCAAACUUCGGGCUAGUUAA